AUGCUGAUCACGAAGAAACUGAAACUUCCGCCGACGGUGAUGAUGCCACAACCACCGAAGAUGCUGAUCACGAAGAAACUGAAACUUCCGCCGACGGUGAUGAUGCCACAACCACCGAAGAUGGUGAUCACGAAGAAACUGAACCUUCCAAAGGCGGCGAUGACAACUAA